AUGGGACAUUGUGACGAAGAAAGAAUUAUUAUUAAUCCAGGAUACUAUGCACCAGGUGUACCAAUUGCUCCACCAGCAUAUGUUCCACCUGUAGCUGGAGCUGUUUAUCCACAACCACCAGUCUAUCCUGCUUAUGGUGGUGCUUAUCCAGCAUAUGGAGCCUAUCCAGCAUAUGGAGGUUACCCAACUGUUAUUAUGGAAGAGUAUGGACAUCAUCAUCAUCAUCAUGGAUUUUUCCAUCAUCAUCAUCACCAUUGCUAA